GGGCCUUGUGAUGGUGUUUUUGAUGUAGCAGCAGCAGCAGCAGCUUGAACCUCUGUCGCCAUGGAGCGGGAAAACAUCUUUUGUUGUCUCGCCUGGCGGAGGAGGCUGGUCUUGAGACAGCUUAGAGGCCGUCUAGCCAGAGGGGUGACGUUCAUCUUGGGUGAGUGUGGUGAUCUCCCGCGGGAUCUCGGAGAGGGGGUUAGUUGACAACUCUACCAACCUUCACGGCUGGCUGUCUGGGGAAGAGACGUUCAAGAUGGUUGAACCUGAGCCUGAAUUGCGGGCUGUGAUUGGUCAAAACUAGACUGCUGUGGUGGGGUGACAGGGGAUUAGGUGCGGCUCCACAAAAUUUUCUGACCCGCCAACCAGCAGGUGAGAUUGGACGACGGUACCGGCUUUCGAGGUGUGGUGAGGAAGUUCAAGCUCUUGUGACGCUCAUUUGAUAUAUACCGCUUUGGAACCGAGGGGAGAAGCAGGCCCAAGUGCAAGUGCGCCAUGUUCACGACAUCGAGCGCCGGUGCCCUCAGGGCCGGAGCGAGGAGAUUGGAGACGACGGUGUGUCACAAUGCUAGCCAUCAGAGGAGGUUAUUCUCAGUAACGUCGCAAAGAGCCGGCGGCUUCAUCGUCUUCAAGAAGGGCUCCAACCCCGAGCUCCAAGAGCGCCUCGACACCCUCUACAACAAGAUCGUCCUCCCCUCCUACCUCAGCCAAGAGCAGCAGCGCAAGCUCACCAAGACCAAAUACAAAGAACAGCUCCGAAAUGACCCCAUCACCAUGGAAAUCGACGGCGAAAUCCACAAGUUCCGCUACGUAGAUCCCACAAAGGACAUUCCCAGCGCAUCCAAACUAGUCAGACAGGCUGUCGAACACAUGCAACACGAAGACUACCACAACCUCCACCUCGUCCUGAAAGGCUUCAAGCGCGCCAACAGAAAACUUCACGACGAGCUCGCCCUCCACAUCAUCAGGAAAGCCCACCAAGCCGACCGCCUCGACGCUGUCAUCGACUGCGCCAAACAGGUUGAGCUGACGGGCUUCAAGCUCGACUCACCCUUGAAGCUGUCUUCCCUCCUCGUAGGGGCGCAGACAAGGGCGAUCGAGUCCGGCUUUAAUCCUAAGCCAGCAAAGAAGGCGCUCAAGCAGACGGAGAAAGUGAUUGACUUGCUGGAAUUCGAAGGCAAGAUGCACCAGCCUAGCAACAGGUCCAAGACCCGAAGGCCCUUCUACCACGAGCCGAUGUUCCUCGGUUUGAGACUCAACCUUGCCGCCACUCUUGCGGUAAAAGCCAAGGACGGCCAGGAUGAGGACGGGAAGGUGACUCAGUACGCUGAGCAGAUGGUUCACUUUUGGCCUGAAAACACUGGCAUCCUCGACCUCCAGCCCGAUGCUGCGUAUGAGGACCCGCAAAACGUACAAUAUCUCCUCGACCGCAACGAGUUCCUUUACCAUGUGUCGCCUGUGCUUCAUGGCUUGCAGAUGGCUGCCAAGGUGGUGGACCCGGGUCUUUCGAUGAAGCUUCAGAACAGGGCGGAUGCGCUGGAGGACGAGAUUAGACAAGCGUAUGAGUGGGACGAGCGGAUGCCGGCGUCGGGAGAGGUCAUGUAUAACUGGUUGUUUAACACGGAGGAGAUGCUGGGGCGUAUCAAGGCGGAGAAGAAGAAGAAGGUGGAAGCGGAAGUGAACCCAUGAGAGGCCCCUUU